CAUUCAGAUUGUGUUCUUACAUGCUGUGAUGAAUUAUUGGUAUGCGAUUCUGUGGUGAGAAAGUGGACUUGGUCUGAGAAUAUGGCAAAUCUUCCUCUUCGUCUUCCCAACCAUUUCAGGAGCUUCUCUGUAACGGCUUCAUCUACUAAUGGGAUUCCUUUUAAUACGCCUAAAUCCGGAGGGCCAGUUAUUCUUGAAAUUCCGCUAGAAAAGAUAAGGAGACCACUCAUGCGUACCAGAGCUAAUGACCAAGAGAAGGUGAAGGACCUUAUGGCGAGCAUUCGAGAAAUUGGGCUUCAAGAACCAAUUGAUGUGCUUGAGGUUGAUGGAGUCUACUAUGGUUUCUCUGGUUGCCAUCGUUAUGAGGCACACCAGCGCCUUGGAUUUCCCACAAUUCGUUGUAAAAUUCGGAAGGGGACAAAAGAAACUUUGAGGCAUCACCUUCGCUAGAGUAAAAGUUCACAGAAUGGCAUCAUGUCGUAGUUCUCAUCUGAUCAAUGUUCUACAGUUGUGGGACUUGGUGAAUUGGAUCACUGCAACAGAAGAAUUGGUGCUGUAAUGUAAUAUUUGUUGAUUCUGGAGGAUUUUUUUUUUUUUUUGUGUGUGUGGGGGUUGGGGGGGGGGGGAGUGGGUAACCUAAUAUAAUUGUAAGUUCUGGGCAAGGUUUUUGUC